GGGUUCGCCGGAGGGGCCGGAGCUGCGCGCGAGCCAUGGCCGCGAAGGUGUUCGAGAGCAUCGGGAAGCUGGGCCUGGGCCUGGCCGUGGUGGGCGGCGUGGUCAAUUCUGCCCUCUACAACGUUGACGCAGGCCACAGGGCAGUUAUCUUCGACCGAUUCCGUGGCGUCCAGGACGUGGUGGUGGGAGAAGGGACCCACUUCCUCAUCCCCUGGGUACAGAAACCGAUCAUCUUUGACUGUCGAUCUCGCCCACGGAACAUUCCUGUCAUCACUGGCAGCAAAGACCUACAGAACGUGAACAUCACGUUGCGGAUCUUGUUUAGACCAGUGACUGCCCAGCUUCCCCGGAUUUUCACAAGCAUUGGAGAAGACUAUGAUGAGCGUGUCCUGCCUUCAAUCACAACUGAAAUCCUGAAGUCCGUUGUGGCUCGCUUUGAUGCUGGAGAAUUGAUCACUCAGAGAGAGCUGGUCUCGAGGCAAGUGAGUGAGGACCUCACGGAGAGAGCAGCAACCUUCGGCCUCAUCCUAGAUGAUGUGUCCUUGACACACCUGACCUUUGGCAAGGAGUUCACAGAGGCAGUUGAAAUGAAGCAAGUGGCCCAGCAAGAAGCAGAGAGAGCCAGAUUCAUUGUGGAAAAGGCUGAACAGCAGAAGAAGGCAGCUGUCAUCUCUGCUGAAGGAGACUCCAAGGCAGCUGAGCUCAUUGCCAACUCGCUGGCCACCGCAGGCGAUGGCCUGAUCGAGCUGCGCAAGCUGGAGGCAGCUGAAGACAUCGCUUACCAGCUCUCCCGGUCCCGCAACGUCACCUACCUGCCCUCCGGACAGUCAGUGCUCCUUCAGCUGCCCCAGUGAGCGCGGCUCUGCACCCAUAGCUAGGUCACUUCUACCUACCGGAUCAGCCCUUUCCAAAAGAAUCAUUGCAAUUUCCUGAUUGGGUAAAAAAGAGGAAAUUAAAAUCCAACCCCUUUUGAGUUGAUCAAAUAAAACUGAACACUCUUGACAACAAACCUGCAUUCCUCCCAUGUGUGGUCAGAGCAGUGACCAUCCACUUGGGUUUGAGAAUUGCCCUUUUCCAGGCAGUUUGAGCAGCAAGAGCAAAGCUGGGAAGUGUUUUAUCUCUUGACUUCUGGGAGGAACAAGUACCCCAGGGGAUUCCUGGCCUCCGGAGUGCUGAAUCAGUCAGGUUUCACAGGGAUGCAUCAGUGCCUUCAGGAGGUUUGAGCCAGGGUCGUUAGACUUGCGUGUGCGGCACUAGGACAGGGAUGUUCAUGGCUCGCACUGCAGCACCGUUAGCACGAGGCCCACGUGGAGUGGGUUGUGGCUGCAGGGAACGGGGGCAGACAUCCCCUUAAGCACUGGAUGGA